UCUCGGUAUUUCACCUGCGCUCCCUUCUGACCCUAUAGGUUUCGGACUUCCAUUGCCUCUUCCAAACCACAGUGACGUAUCAACGGGCCGUACUCGUUUAGUCCAGAUCGACUUGAGCCACAGAGGGAUCCAGACACGGGCUGUGAGGAUGGACCACGCUGCUUUCCUGUUGUUGGCUCUCGUGGGCUCCGGGACGCUACUCCAAGUGUCGGCUACAGAAGGUAUGACUGCCUUGUAUGGAGAUAUCAUUGUUGUCCCAUGCAACAGUGGAGCUACGACACCAGAGGAUCUGAUGUUCGUCAAGUGGAAAUAUGAGAAAGAUGAUGGCACUGUUGGUGAUCUGUUGAUCAAACAGGCCAAACCACCAAAUGACCUAACCACGAUUCAGGCCACGGACGAUUAUGCCAUGAGGGUCAGCAUCGACGACAAAUUCAGCCUGCAUAUCACCAAGGCCUCGCUCAAAGACCAAAAGACCUUCACCUGCAUGGUGGUGUCAGGCUCCGAACUCUCGGAGUACCCCGUCUCUGUCCUUGUUUACAAGAAGCCGUCUUCAGUUCAGAUCAUGGACAAGUCUAAAGUGCUGCAGAAGGACAAGGCAACAACGGUGGGAACAUGUGUUGCGACGGAUGCAAACCCCACAGCUACAAUCACAUGGACAAAGAAUGGAAAGCUCUUGGUAGCCGACGGGAAAGUCGUUGUCAUCACCCCGAGCAUGAAGUUGGAUCCAGCCACAGGCCUGUCCACCACCUCCUCCACCCUCCAGUAUGCAGCUUCGAAGGAGGACGCUGUCGCAGUCUUUGCCUGUGUCUCCACACAUGAGCUGAGCAAUCAGGAGACUAAGAUGGAGCCCGUUCCUGUUCACUAUCCAUCAGAGAAGGUGAGCCUCCAAAUUAUGUCCAAGGGACCCAUUGUAGAAGGAGAUAACGUGACUUUGAAGUGUCACGCUGAUGGCAACCCUCCACCCAGCUCCUUCUACUUUCACAUCAAGGGCCAGAAACUGCUGGUGGAAAAUUCAGACACCUACACCUUGGCUGCGAUCAGCAGAGAGGCUGGGGGUGAAUAUAAAUGCUCCCUGGCUGACAACGAGAAAAUGGAAGCCUCCCAAAGCAUUGUCGUUAACUACAUUGACCUGAGUUUGACUCCCACUGGAAAGGUAGUGAAGGCCGUAGGGGACACCUUGUCCGUGAAGAUGGAGAAGAGCGCCUCGGGUGACACUCAAGUAUCAUGGACAAAGAAUGGAAAGUUACUGAAGGAGCCGGUGUUUAGCAGGCUGACUUAUGCUGAUGCGGGACUCUACGUAUGUGAGCUUUCCAUGACUGGCCUCACACAACAUCAGAGCUUUGAACUGGUCGUAGAAGGAAAGCCUGUGAUCACAAGUCUAACCAAACACCGUCCUGGUGAUGCCAAUUACAAGGUUUUGACCUGCGAGGCUGAUGGAGUACCAGAGCCCAACUUUCAAUGGAGCGUCAACAGUACAGAUGAGGAGAGCACCUAUACCAACGGCAAGGCCACCCAUAAAAUCUCUGUGAUCCCCAAGGUGAAUCUGACAGUCACCUGCAGCGUCAGCAACAAGCUAGGAGAAGAUAGCAUGACCAUCAAUGUUUCCUCUGUUUUUAAAGAGGAAAAGGAGGAUAAAGGCUCUUCAGAGGAGUCAGAGGACCAGUCUAAGCUCAUAGUGGGAGUGGUGGCAGGGCUCCUCAUAGGCGCCGCCUUGCUGGGACUCAUCUACUGGCUCUACAUGAAGAAUGCAAGACAAGGAAGCUGGAAAACUGGUGAGAAGGAGGUGGGAACAUCUGAGGAGAGCAAGAAACUGGAAGAGAAUAAUCACACUGUUUAAAGAUACUCAGCCUGUGCUACAAGGGAUGAAAGAGUGAGGCAGUUGAAAGCAGCCAUGCAACAGAGAAAAUACAGACUGCUGGCCCCUCAGGCUCCACAAAAGCAGCAACACUGUAAUUUCCCACCAAGUCCUGCUCACAGCCUGCUGUCCCACCUCACUUACUGUUUGAUUUUGUGAUUCUGUGUUCCUGGUGAAUGCUUUCUGUUACUUUUUGUUUUGAGCAAUUCCUCUAAGGCUCUGUGGUGGGGCUUUUACCGCUGAGUUCUUCCUUUUAGGAUUUAUUUGUUUGCUAGUUCGUUCUUGAAUUUCUUCAAAGAAUGUAAAUCCCGUGUACACUUUUUGUUUAACAAAUUACAAUGAUGUGUCUGCCCUCACGGAGCAUGCCAAUGUGUAUUUGUUUUGUUUCUAUAGAUGUCUGUGUGCUGUUUGAAAAGCCUUUGUUGGCUGUGCUCAGAGAAAGAAACACCUUCCUGCUGUAUAACCUCACUGAAUCUCAUCUCAGACUUAAAGAUAACCUCAACAUCUUAACAUUGGCAAAUAGAUUGUCUGUUUAGUUAAUGGAUGGCUUCUCCAGAAUGACUAGUUAUAGUGAUACUGUUGAUGUACUAUUAAUAAUUCAAACACUAUUUUUUUUAUUUUAAAUGUUAGCUAUUUUAAAUUUCAUUGGUGUAUAUUUAAAUUAGACAUCUGCAAAUUACACAUUAAGACACACUCAACCACUAGUUAGUUGUUUUUGUAACUUAGUCAUUUCUUCCAACUUUUUUGCCGUCUCGAGACUUUUUACUUCCUUAAUGUAGAAAAUAGCUGUCGUCAGAAAAGUGAAACAAAAUCUAAGAGAUGUAGGUUUUUGCCAAAAUGCUUCUUUUAGUAGUUUAGUUUAGUUAAAUGCACGACAUUGUUCAUGUCUUCACCUCUUAGUUCCUGCACCGUAUUUUGUUUUUCAUGCUUUUCUCCAUCUUUUUAUCUUCAUGCCUGGACUGAAAUCUGUUUUUGUGUUUUUUAUGUAUUUAUAUUCUGUGUGCACCAUCCCUGAAUGCCGAUGCUGCAGCAUGCAAGAUAGUUGUUUUUUAAGCCUGCGUGGAAAGCAUCAUCAAGUGUUGAAAAGGUGGUAGGGAGUUGAAUGAGUGUGAAUAAGGUUAUACAGUAUCUGUGCUUAUUCUCUGCUAUAUUGUUAUUAUUAUGUCAUUUUUAGCUCAGUGGUGUGAAGGAUUUCCCAUACAGUGGUUAUGAUUUGCCAAUCAGAUGACAUGCUUUCUGGCAUUACAUACAUUUAUUAUGGUACAUCCCACAAUUCACCACUCCAAUAACCCACCAAGGACAAAGGGUUGAUAAAACUUAAACUUUUCAACAGAACAUUUCUAGUUCACACCAUGUAAACUUGCUUUUCUCAAGAGCUUCAGAUGCAGAUAAUGUUGGCUGAUCAUAAAACACUAAAUGUUAACUUGAAGGAGUUUAUCUUUCGGUUGUCCUCCAAACUGAAGCAAACGGAUGACAUUCCAUUCUCUUACUUUUUGUUUAGCUGUGUAGAAGUUACCAAUGUGCCCACUCAGCAUGAAAACGCCGUAAUCAAAUUGUGGGAUGGUUGCCAGUCAGUUGAUCACCACUUCAAGCACCUAGUCCUCGUGCCUUUUGUUCCCUUUUCAAUAAUCAGAUCAGCAGUGAAACCAAAGACGGUAAGAUCAGAAGGCCAUAGUAGUGUUGUAAAUACAGACUUCUGUUUUUGUACGUUGUAGACAAUAAAGUUUACAUUUUGAAACUAA